AUGAAAUUAUCUCUUAUUAUUUUCAUGGCUUCUCUCACUUUAACAUUUGCUUCAUCUUUACCUGAAAUACAAGCUACAUCGAUUAUCGAUUAUAUUUCUCAAUUGUUAUUCAUUUAUUUAAAUCCAAUAUUUCAAAAUACAUUUAAACAACUUACUCAAUUAGUUUUUGUAUUUGGUGAAAGACUCUCACAAACUGGCCAGCAUGGAUUAGCUCGUCUCGAUAAAACUCAACCGGCACCAUGGGUUUCAGAAUUAUUUAGCGGAGUCAAUUUCAUUUCAACACAAUGGAAUAAUCAUAUAACAGAUUUUUUUGCUAAUAUUCCAACAAUAUUUGAAAACCAUGGUAGAAAUUUAAUGAAUUUCUCAGCAAUAAAACAAAUCCUACAUGAAACCGUGGAGAAUCUUUUAGGAGAAUUAAAAAAAUUGUAUCUCAAUAAGAUUAACGCAUUGAUGAUUUCGAUUUUCGCUGAUGCUAAUUUAUUGGAAUCGGUGGGUCGUAAACGAGCAACAUUCUACAUUGAUGAAUUAUUGAAUGGUUUUCAACGACAAGUAUCCGAUAUAUUUAAUCAAACAAAAGAACAAUUAAAUCACAAUAUUGAUGAUUCAAUUGAUUUGGUUAUAACCUAUUGGAAUCAUAUUAAAGAUCGAUUUAUUGGAUACAUUCUCAAUCAUUAA